CUGUUCCCCUCCGAACCCAUCUCUGGCACGCAUGCGCAGUAGCGAGCCGCUCAGUCCCCAGCGAAUGGCCGUUGAAGCGGAAAUGUUUGUCGCUAUGGCAACACGAUGAAAGAGCGCUUCGGCCGCGCAAUUCUUUCUCAGAAUAGCCUUUUUGCGUGGAUGGCUCAUGCAUUGGCUUGCGCUAGGAACUGUCGGCUAGAUCCAAGUCACUAUGAAGUACUAAAAGUUUCAUUGUGUGCUCAUGUUCUGUUGUCACUAAGCAACAAAGAAACUCUUUGCUCAUUUAGCAACUUCAUUGUGCUCUUGGUUUGCUAUUUUCUUGUCGUUAUUGUUUUUAAAUGUACAAGAAAUUGUGUUUGGGUGCUUUUCACUGAAAAAUCUGUUGUUUUUUUUUAAUGAGAAGUGAUUGAUACUAUCAGAAAAUAACUAAAGACUUUACCUCUAAUUGGAAACAACAACAAUAAUGAUGGCUUCUCAUGUCACUACAAGGCAGUUCAGUCCUUUUAAGCACUCAAGUCUUCACUCUGAUUCACUUCACAAAGUGCAUAAGAAUCAGUAUGAACGUCUGCUAAAGAGAAUGUAUAUGCCUUUUGUGAGGGGGCCUGAAGACCGACAUUUGUUUCCCAGCUUCACCGAGAAGUGCAGCAGUGCUUUUCUAAAAUCCAAUCCUUUUAUACCACCUGAAGAUAAAAGCUACAUAUUAGCUCCACACCGGGAAGACGAGCCAGAAUUAAGCUCUUUCUCUGGAUUUUUAAGUCCAGCGGCUGAAGCUGAAGCAGAUAAGCAAAUCCCACGUAGGAAAAACAUUGAACUACAGAGUAGUGGCAAAGAUGUGCAACCACCUCAGGAAACACCUGCCCCCCACCAGAAAGACCAGAUUGCCAAGAAAAGUACCUCAUUGCUAUUAGAAUACAUAAGCCAGGAUCAAAGAUGGAACAGCAGAGCAGUCCCAGAUAGUUGUUUAAGGGCCAAAAUUGGAGGAAGUACAAGUCCAGUAAAAGUUAGACCUGCUCAGCCUAAAACAAAGGACUCUUUCUCAAGUCAUAGCUUUGAAUUUCAUGUAGAUCCAGAUGUUAAGUCAAAAGAUCCUUCUUCUGAAAGAAGCAGAGACGAGAAAGCUCUGAAGUAUAUGUAUACCUCAACAACCCAAAGAGGAUAUGAGGAAGUUCCCUGGGACAUAAUAUUACUGCCAAAAAUCAAGCCUCCAGGUUCAGUAAUAGAAUUAAAGGAUGAUGGUGUCUCCCAGAAUCCUGCAUUGAAACGAUAUGAACCAACUGAAGAAAUAAGCCAAGUUGUUGGAAGCCUCUGGAGCAGAUUCCAAAGAAGACCCUUCAUAGUACCACACCGACCAAUUAAUUUUGUUAGCCCAAGUUCUCGAAAUCAGCAACUCCCUUUAUACACAGGCUGUGUUGGUGCCGAGAACAUCGAAGACCUAGACAACCCAUAUGUAGAUGUAAAGAUGCACAGCAGAGUUCGAUCUGCCAAGCCACGUUAUGUGAAAUCUUCCUACAAGCCAAACACCUUUGGAUAUGCUGGCAAGGUUCAUUGGUUAGCUACCCAACCAGCAAAUUCUAAUCUUCAACCAACAUCAUCACCAGCAAUUUCACGAAUGUAUGGAUUCCUAGCUACUCAUGGACAACCAACUGAAUUUCCACAUCGUGGGCCAUUGUCGCAGAUCAUUACACCAAUUCAACCUCAAAAUUCUUUCAAUAACUGUCGGAAAGGGAGAAUCAUAAUUUGAAAGAAUCCUGUUCUACAUUGGCCCAAUUGCAGGGUUCAACAGACAACUAGAACCAAGAAAAAUUAAGAAAUAAAUGCUUUAUU